AUGGUAGGUAGAAAGAACGUCACCGGGAAAGCCGUCUCCUUUGACCUGGCGUUUUCUCCUAAAUCAUCCCUUAAGCGCUCGACUCCCGGGUUCACUCCUCAAGAAGGUAGUCCAUCUAUUGACCCGACACCGACCAUUUACCCAUCUGGCACUGGCACACCUAAUCGAUCCCACGGGCCUCUCGUAGAGAGUGCCCUCUACCGGGAUUGCAACCUUGCCCUCAACAACAUCCUCUUACUCGACUCUCGAAAUGAACUCCCGCCUCGUAUCUCUGCCCUUGUCGAAUCCCUCAAGCAAGGUCGAUCAUCCCCUGAGCCUAUCCCCCAGGAUAACGAUGAUCUCUACGCCAUGGAAGCCGGUACCAGUGAACCAAAGGUUGAAGAAUUCGUUCGAAACAGCAUCAUCCCCCCGAGUUCCAGCACAGACAAAAUCCAGCGCAGCGAUCGUGUCUUUGUAGGCAGGGCAGUUAUCCCCAUCACCAAUCCCUACGCGAGAAUCAGUGUUCCUGUUCCCGAUCUCCUAUACGGGUAUCGCUUCUCUGCCUUCGAGCACGACCAGCAAAUGCAGAUCGCAACAUGUGGUAACUUUGCGUUUGUGAACAGCGAGGGCCUUACAUUUCCCUUCUUUACAGUCGAAAUCAAAGGCGAUGGACCAUCCAGCAAAGGUAGUCUCUAG